UGCAUUUACUGUCAGAUUUUACUCGAAAUUAUCAGAUAAAAUUUUAAGAAAAGAAGUUUCUUUUACAAAAUUCCAAUUUAAAAUGAUUAUAAUAAAAUGGGUUUUGACUUAGAACGCAUUUGCUGUUAUCCACCGUCUAGUUCAUCUAGUACAAACAACAUUUUUUGCAACGAUAACUACAACAAAUGCAGUCAAUGCUGUUGCUAUCCGUGCUGUCGACAGUUCCUUCUCAAUGACCACACAUAUUCAAUACUCAAACGAAUUUGCCAUAAGAUAAUAAAAAGCUAUAACCGACAGCAGUGCCGUGAAAGGUAUACAAUAUUCAAUGGAGGUAACAGCAUAAAUGGUCGAUGGUCUGACAGCCAAAAAUAUGACAUUUACUCUAAGAAUCUUUGGGUCGAGGGUGACGGGGGGAACAAUUCACAAAGAAGAAGAGAAAGUGCGGAUUUCAAGGCACUGAGUAGGGAUUUUCGAAAUAGAGAGGGAUAUCAAAUUGAAAAAGGCAACCUUAACGUUACUGCAAUGCAAUCAAAGAUUGCAGAAAAUAAAAGAAAAGGAAACUAUGACGAAGAUGAAAUCAAAUCAGCGAGAAAAGGUGAAACACAUGGUAAAAAAGAUGCUGAUGAUGGUGAUCCUUCGAAAUCAUUAAGGAAGGCAGGCAAGAGAGCUGAUAGUAAAGGUGGUAAAAAUGAUGUUGAUGAAAACGAUGCUUCAAAUAAAUCAAAGAAGCCGGGCAAAGGUAAAGGUAGUCAAAAUGAUCCCGAUGAAAACGAAGCUUCAAAUAAAUCAAAAAAGUUGGGAAAACGACCUGAUGGUAAAGGUGGUCAAAAUGAUCCCGAUGAAAACGAUGCUUCAAAUAAAUCAAAGAAGCCGGGCAAAGGUAAAGGUGGUCAAAAUGAUCCCGAUGAAAACGAUGCUUCAAAUAAACAAAAAAAGUCGGGAAAACGACCUGAUGGUAAAGGUGGUCAAAAUGUUCCCGAUGAAAACGAUGCUUCAAAUAAAUCAAGAAAGUCGGGUAAACGACCUGAUGGUAAAGGAGGUCAAAAUGAUCCUGAUGAAAUCGAUGCUUCAAAUAAAUCAAGAAAGUCGGGUAAACGAACUGAUGGUAAAGGUAGUCAAAAUGAUCCCGAUGAAAACGAUGCUUCAAAUAAAUCAAAAAAGUCGGGUAAACGACCUGAUGGUAAAGGAGGUCAAAAUGAUCCCGAUGAAAACGAUGCUUCAAAUAAAUCAAAAAAAUCGGGUAAACGACCUGAUGGUAAAGGUAGUCAAAAUGAUCCCGAUGAAAACGAUGCUUCAAAUACAUCAAAAAAGUCGGGUAAACGACCUGAUGGUAAAGGUGGUCCAAAUGAUCCCGAUGAAAGCGACUUUACUAAAAAAUGGAAAAAGGGACAAAGAAGUAGCAAGGACACUAUCUAUGAUUCGCGCGACUCUGUGAAAGGGAAAGGAAAGGCAGAGAAAAAUAAAAGAGGUUCCAAAAGUUCCCUAACAGCUGACAGCAGCAAAGAGAAAAAGGGAAAAGAAAAAGCCAGAGAGAGCACAAACAAAAAAGGAAAGAAAAAAUCAGGGGACGAAGAUGAUAACAAUGCAAUAUCUGAAAAGGGAAAAAAGGGAAAGAAUGCAACUGUCGAGAAUGAGCAAGCUGCCAAAAAUAAAAAUGGGCGACCUUCCGAAACUGAUAAAAAUAAAAAUAAACGAAAAUCAAAAAGACGAAACUCAAAUAUCAGUGACAGUAAAAAAUAUAAAACUGAUUCAAAGACAUCUAGUGGCAAAGGCAGACUAUACGCUAACGAAGACCAAAAGAAUAAAUACAAACGAGGAAGUAAAGGAAGUAUUGCUGAAAAUGGAAAAAAACGUAGCUUAAAUAAAUCAGGUCAAAAAUCCAAUGGUAGAAUGUCUAGCAGAAGCAGUAGGACUAGGCUGCGAAAUGAUAUCAACGGAUCGAGAUUCAUACAAAAGGAGGAAAGAUUUGGCAAUUCUGAACUUUACUCUCAAAGGCAAAGUCGCAGUGAUGAAAUUCGACCCUGUGAUAUCCUUCGUGUUCAAUUGGAAGCCCGUGACCUCUUAAGAAGUUUCCCAUGCAACCGAAUUGCAUGUGUAUCGUGCUUACCUUGCGUUCCGUGCUAACUUGUUAUUUAUUGAGGAAACUGGAUAGAAAUGGGUAGCUAUACGCCCGGUGGCAUAGUGGUUAAUGGUAUUACCUGAAAAACCCGUUAAGUGAAUUGUCAAUAAUUUGGUCAACUUUAAAUACUUUUGGACUUUUUAUUAUUUUUUCGUGGACGGUAUUGUUUUGAUUCAGAAGAAAUAUUCGACUGCAAAAAUUACAGAUAGCCCCUGUCAGUAUCAGUUCUUAGGUUGGAAUUAUCCAAUCCGCCUGUCUGCCCUUAUAAAAUUUUUAAAUGAUUCAAGUUUAUGCACUUUUCAUUUUCGGCUGCAUGUAUUUGUAU